AUGAAUUAUAAUGGGCAGCAAGAUCAACCACAUUACGCCCCUAAUGGGCCCCCUCAAGCACAUCUUCCGAAACCUACCUUUUCAGGAACUUUAGGACAAGAUUCAUCAGAAAAUGGUCAGACGAUGAGUAAUCAUAAUGAUAAUCUCAGGGCCUCUCAAUCCUAUCCGCAAUAUCCACCACAACAGGGGUAUCCUUACUAUCCAGUACCCAAGUACCAAGCUCCCUACCAACAACCAGGGUACCAUCAGCAGCAAAGACAAUAUCAGCCAUAUAUGAACAGCAACCAGUGGGCACAACCACAACAAUCGCCAUCUAACGACUGGAAUAAUAGAGGAACUACACCUAUGCGCACAUAUACCCCCAUCAGUUACGAAGAUAUUUCAACAGGUCCUUCUACUUCAGCAAGGAACGUGUCAAGUAAAAGAAAGAAGCAAACUAUCGUUACGAAGGAUGACACAACUCCUGUGAGCCAACCAGAUAAACUUAUGGUAGAGCAGACAAACGACAGUGAAGGAAAUUCUGCUGAUGAAACGCCUGAAAUGCAUACAACUAAGAGGCGUAAGGUAAACAAUGAUAUUUCUCUGCCAGUUUUGGACAGUGACAGUGACGAAGAGACAAAUAUUGAAGAUGAUAAGAAGCCUAUUGUUGUCCCAGGAACAUCCAUUUCCCUGGUGACAGAUGAGGAUAUCAUUAAAUGGAGAGAAGAAAGACGUAAAAUGUGGUUGUUGAAGAUUUCAAAUAAUAAACAGAAACAUAUGGAAGAAAUGGGGUUAAAGGAGGAAGACGUAAAAAAACAGAAAAGUGUCCUAGUGGAAUCUAGAAAACAAAAUCAAUUUAUUCAGAGUAUUCAAAACCAAGUUAAUAGGUUCAACCCGAAAGCUAAUUUAAAUUUGAAAUUAAUCCAAAGGGGGAUGGUUAGCGAUAAUUCAAAAUUACUAGAUUUCAUUACAAACUUGGGGGAUGCUGGUUUACUAGAAUACGAAUUAACUCAAGAUGAAAAGGACAAAUUAUUUGGUGGUUUUGACAAUCAUGAUAAUAAGAACAGGAAUAAUCGAAACUUCAAUAAUAGAUCGCCACAAUCUUCUUCGUCUUAUAGGGGAAGAAAUCCAAGGUUUGGUAAUACAAAUAAGAGACCAUCAUCAGUAUACAAUAACAGACCGAAACAAUGA